CUCAUUUUGAUGGAUGAAGUCGACUCUCGGGCGGGUCAACUCCGCACUCUUGGCGGGAACGCAAACCCUUCUUUAUGAUAGACAAUCAUAGACAAUCUCCUCUUCAGAGGUACCGUACACAAGAACUACUUGUAUAUUAUUUUUAGGCAAGAUUGCUUGCAGCAGGCGAUUUAGGACAACUGCAGCAGUGAGCAUAGCUAUAGUGUCCAUUCUUGCCAGAGCGCAUAUUGGAAUAACUGUCGCUAUGGAGUUCCAUUAAAAUGGAUGCCUAUAGAAGCCUGGCGCGCACAAAGUGAAACUACGAAGCUGGCACCGGCCCGUGGCGCCGUGCGCUCGCCCAGAUCGAGCCGCAGAAAAAACACUAUAGACGUCCACGCUGUAGCUCGCCAUGCCCGGACUGGCGCUUAUAGCAAUCCUGGGCGCUGUGGCAGUGGCAUCGGCCGCGGUCGUCUCCCACGAAUCCCCGACCGUCGCCGUGUCGGCCAGCCGCCAAGCGUCUCAAACCGUGCACGCUCAUCGGAGCAGCGAGGCGAAGCGCGCUCGCUAUACUAGUGCCAGCGGUGCGAGUAGCGGCCUGGACGAGCGCUGGGUGCGGUCGGUAGCCGCGCGGCGGAGGGCUCUGCUGGCGGACGCUGCCGCCGCGCCCUCGGCGGACGCCGACACAGCCAGCAACCCCCUGCCCACGCCCACCCACCCCGACGUCGGGCUGGACUCCAUUUUCGUGCCCCGCAACCUCAGCUGCGACCCCAAAUGCACGGAGCGCGGCAACUGUAAUGCGGAGGAGGGCACCUGCGAGUGCCCCUUCGGCUACACGGGCCCGACGUGCGACCUGCCGCUCAUGCCCGCCUGCCAAGUCCGUGCGUGCGUGUAAUACUGGCGCAAACUGGCGGCGGCAGUAGCGCCGCAGGGCCUGGCGGCGGCAGCAGCGGCGGCGGCGCAGGGCCUGGGCCCAGGAGUGGCAGCGUGCAUGUGUGUAGCAGAGGGGGCAGGCAAGGCCACGUGGAGGAGGACAGCGCGGCGUCGCCCGAGAAGCGG